UUGCACUCCUACAAGUUCAAGAACUCCAUCGAGAGGCGGUUCUCCAGGUCGCAGGACACGGAGGCGAAGGAGCCGCAAGCGCGCGCACCGCAAGCCAAGCUAUAUUCGCACAAGCGGCGCCGCGCCGCGCGCCCUGCCGCCUCCACCUCCGCCUCCGCCUCCACCGAGGAUGCGCAGGACACCUCGCCGCAGACCGCUACUCAGCACAUGCAACUUGUACGUAAGUUGGUUUAUUCGCAGGACACGUCGAGCGAUUCACAUCACCAUCAAUAUGACCAGUAUGAAAAACCUCCACCGACGCAGUACGUUCCAGUUUUCGCGCUCAACGCACUUGGCAAGUACUACGUGCCGCUGAGCGUGGAGUAUGCGUGCGUGUCGCGGCAGAUGCACGCGUGCGACGCGCUGGACGCGCGCGCACCGCUCGCAGCGUUGCACCCCGUCACCAUCCACGUCAACUUCACGCCCUGCCUCAACUAUCACGUUAAGCGCGAGCCCGACCGCGACUGUCGUCCCGUCUAG